AUGUCACCGAGGAAGCCGGGGCUGCUCCCGGCGGGGCGGAGCGCCCCGCGGUAUCGAGCGACACCCGGCGAGGACACGGCGCGAUGGGGACCCCACGAGGAACCGCGGGGACCCCCGAGCGACACCGGGGCUGAGGCGACAAGCGUGGCGGCGGUUGCGGCGCGGUGGUUGCGAGCCGCUGGUUCUCCCCCCGGCCGGUGCCCUCCGCUCCGGGCAGGACCCUCCGCCCCCGCCGCCCACCGGGGGCCGCCGCCGCCGCUUCCUCUUUCCGCUCACAUGGCGGAAGCGGAACGGGCGAGGCCGCGGGGCCGCCGCUCCCCCUCCGUGCCCGGUGAUCUGGGUGGGAGAGGGGAGAGGGCGAAAGCAGAGCGGGGUGAAGGACGUGUCCCGCCCCGGGAGUCCCUUCGCUACCUUGGCCGCCGCGCUCGGGGUCGCUCCUGCCGCGCUGGCAGCGCUGCGAGGCCGCCGCCGUCCUCCGUGGGCUCCGCGGGCGGCAGCGGGGCUGGCACUGCCGGGCCGGUUGUGAAACGCUGCCGGGGCGGAGAGCAGAGUCCCUGCGGAGCCUUAUCGGGGAACGAGCCCGCGGCUGGCCCUGCCCUGCCCUGCCACGGAGAGCGAACGAAGCCGGGCAGGUGCUGCUCUUUUGGGGGAGGUGGGAAGAGCCCGGCAGGACGGUCGAAUUAA